UUUCACCCCGGUGAUGAGAGUGCCCGGAUGCGGAGCUGCUCUGUGGCUGCUGAGAGUUGCUGAAUGAGGGAGAAGAUGCCACUUCCCGUUCAAGUGUUAAAUUUUCAGGGAGCGGUAGAACCAAUGCAAAUAGAUGCUGACCCUCAGGAUGAUCAGCAGAAUGCACCUGACACAAAUUACGUGGUGGAGAAUCCUACACUGGAUCUGGAGCAAUAUGCAGCCAGUUACAGUGGUUUAAUGCGGAUUGAGAGGCUCCUGUUUAUUGCAGAGCACUGUCCACAACUACGCGUCGAAGCCCUGAAGAUGGCACUGUCCUUCGUUCAGAGAACAUUUAAUGUAGAUAUGUAUGAAGAAAUUCAUCGUAAGCUGACAGAGGCCACUAGGGAAUCUCAGGGUGUACCAGAUGCAGUGCCAGAGACAGGUCUGGAACCCCCAACACUGGACACAGCUUGGGCAGAAUCGACACGGAAGAAAGCUUUGCUGAAACUGGAGAAAUUAGAUACAGAUCUAAAGAACUACAAGGGCAAUUCUAUUAAAGAGAGCAUCAGGAGAGGACAUGAUGACCUCGGCGAUCACUACCUAGACUGCGGGGAUCUUAGUAAUGCACUGAAAUGUUACUCACGAGCCAGAGACUAUUGCACAAGUGCAAAGCACGUCAUCAACAUGUGUCUAAAUGUCAUUAAGGUCAGUAUCUACCUCCAAAAUUGGUCCCACGUUCUCAGUUAUGUAAGCAAAGCGGAAUCGACACCAGAGAUUGCAGAGCAAAGAGGAGAGAGGGAUAGUCAGAACCAGGCCGUGCUGACCAAACUUAAAUGUGCAGCAGGUCUGGCAGAAUUGGCAACUCGAAAAUACAAGCAAGCAGCCAAAUGUUUCUUGCUGGCUUCUUUUGAUCACUGUGACUUUCCUGAGCUGCUGUCUCCCAGCAAUGUAGCAGUUUAUGGAGGACUUUGCGCACUGGCCACUUUUGAUAGACAGGAACUGCAAAGGAAUGUCAUCUCCAGCAGUUCUUUUAAGUUAUUCCUUGAAUUGGAGCCUCAAGUUCGAGACAUCAUCUUCAAGUUUUAUGAAUCAAAAUAUGCUUCCUGUUUGAAAAUGUUAGAUGAAAUGAAGGACAACCUUCUAUUGGACAUGUAUCUAGCUCCCCACGUGAAGACACUCUACACACAAAUCAGGAAUAGAGCCCUCAUUCAGUAUUUCAGCCCAUAUGUUUCUGCUGACAUGAACAAGAUGGCCAUUUCUUUCAACACCACAGUGGGUGCACUGGAGGAUGAGUUAACACAUCUUAUCCUGGAGGGAUUAAUCAAUGGUAGAAUUGAUUCACAUAGCAAGAUUCUGUAUGCCAGGGAUGUAGAUCAACGCAGCACAACAUUUGAAAAGUCCUUGCAGAUGGGCAAAGAGUUCCAAAGAAGAGCAAAAGCCAUGAUACUCCGAGCUGCUAUUCUGCGCAAUCAAAUCCAUGUUAAGUCCCCUCCACGAGAAGGAAGCCAAGGUGAACUUAAUUCUGCAAACAGUCAAACUCGAAUGAGCACCAAUAUGUAAAGAAAUAAAGACCCUGUUAAAGAAGAACCAGCGCCAUGUGCUUUGCCUUCCACAGUUCUGUCAACAAAGAACUGCUUUUUGGCUUUAAAGAAAUUCAAACAAUUGUAGAAGUGAACCUCUAUCCUGCUGUUUUUGGGGGCACGAAGAAAGUUUUGUUGUUUAAAUUGAACAAAAUAUCCUUUGGAUUAAAGAGGAAGAUGAACUGUGUACCACAGGAUCCAAGUCUUUACUUAAAAACAUUUUUUUUAAUUAUUUUCAGGAUCCUAAUUGUGAUCUGUGGGAGAGGGCUCUGAACAGUCGAGUGGCAAGGUUUUAGUUUCUACAAAACUGUGAAAAGCGUGCUGGAAUAAUAAAUGGAGGAUUUUGUACCAGUGAAUGCGUUACUGUAGUUCAUGAGUAGUAAAGGCCCAUGACUAUGGAAUUGAGCGAGUAUGAAUGGGUUAUGGGAGCCUUUCGCACAAGUAAAGUAAAAAAAAGCAGUAACUAUCAUUGGUGCGAUAUUCUACUCAUUCCAGGGGCAUUGUUGAAAAGUACUUUUAAAAGACCUGUCACAAUGGUAUAAGUAGUGAUUAUGCUGAGUUUUAUUAAAAAGUUCCUUUGCUUAAUCCACCAUUUUAAAAUUAAUCUUUUCCACUGCCACAUUUUAUCCUUCAGCCAAGAGGUUGACGUGGCUGUGCCAUAAAUUCCUGCAGCUACCGUCAGUGUUGAUUUGUAAUCGAUGAAUGCUUACUCUUCUGGGUAGACUUGGAAGCAUGAUUCCUCUUUUAUUCCUCUUUUAUUCCUCAUCACUGCUACCUGGUAGUGCUUUGUAACCAUGAGAAUCAACAUAACUGUUUCAUAAAAGGUGCAAAGUUCAAAAUUCAGUCAAGACAGGAAUUCAGUUGUACAAGCUGUUAUCCCAGUAAUCAACUGCUAAAACAUCAGGGCCAUCCCGCGCUAUCCAUUUCAAUUUUACUAGUUAUCAGUCUUCAACACUUUUCAACAAUGCCCAUGGAAAGAAAAGUUCCCUUUCUUCAUUAUUCUAAAUGUUAUUGACUGGUGUCUCUGAUUUUCCCAUGAAAAUGUACGAUGUCAUAGUUGAUGAUCAAUAAUUGGUUGUUAGAUCGCGACAGUAAUUGUUGGCUCAAUCUUACGAGUAUUUAAAAAAAAAACUCAAGACUGGUAUGAAUUCUCCAUUAGUUUAAACUUUAAUGCUCUAUGUAUGAUACAAGUUCUUCAACUCUGGCAUCACUCCCAAGCAACAUUCAAAAUAAAAGUAUGGUUUAUUUUAUUUAAUAAAAGGAAAUUUAAUUACAAAUUUGCAGUAGUAGUAAAACACAAAAAUAGAAAUAUAGAGAAUAUAUAGAGAGAAUGUCUUGCUAUUAUCAGUGACUUGCAGGGUUUUUUUAAACAAGUAUGAAAGGUAGUGACGUGGGGGUGCUGAUAGGACUUGUUGCUUUAACACAAGUGAACCCGUGGAGCUCACUGUUAACUGGUGAGAGAUUUGGUUUCUUCUUUGGGUGUGCGUUGCCUCGUGGAAUUUCAAGCUCUUCAAACUGCUCCUGAAGCACUACAUUUGCAAGUUAUUGUUUUCAGUUUUGACCUUUGUAAAUUAUCUUUGGAACACACCCAGAGAAUAAACACAUCACCAGCAAAGAGGAAAGCUUUGUCCCUUGAUCUUUUAACUGUUCUGUUUACGGGCAAUACAGUAACUAGUUUGACAUUUUUGUUCCUGUAUGUUCCUUUUUAAUUGUACAAACUGUGUGAUGAGGACUGACUCAUUGUCAUGUCAGAAUAAAAGAAAUGGUAUUUCUUGUUACAGCUGUAAUACAUUACACAUCAACAAUACAAUGUUUUCCAUACCAA